ACAGUCAGUGCCUACCGGCCGGUGCAAUGUCUUCCAGUUCAUACAAACGAUGAAUGAAUCCCUAAAAGUUCAUUUCCAGACUAUCAGAGAGCUGCAAACGAAGAGCUUGAGCCAAUGAGAUUUGCGAUGUCCGAGUGUGCAUUUCAGUUCUUCUCACCAAGCGUGUAGUUUUGUGGACUUGAAGUGUCUAUCAAAAUCUUCGGUUACAGUACUUCAGUGUUCGGGUUCGGUGUGCGAUACGGUUUUCCAUCAGAAGUUGCGGCAUUCUCGUCUGAAUCUAAACGAGUGAACAGCACACAAAGUGUAUUAAAUUUCUACGUGCAAUGAUUUACGUAAAUUCUGACGCACUGACCGGUUAUCUCACGCUGGUGCUUGUUUGUCUGGCUGGAUUCGCUGUCUGGUUCUUGUCAACGUCAGGAACUCGAUACUGGCAAUUCUUCAGUGUGCCGUACAUUGAGGGGAGGCCCCUGGUGGGAAACUUCCUCGAUGCGUUUCUGUUCCGGAAGAGCACCUUCGAGCUAAUGGAUGCACUUUACCAAAAUCCCAAGGUCGAAGGAACCAAACUGUUCGGAGUGAGCAUAAUGAUGCAGCCUGCACUGGUGAUUCGAGAUCCGGAACUGGUUAAGCAGGUUCUUAUCAAGGAUGCAACCUAUUUUUCAAACAGAUAUAUGUGCACCGAUCGAAUACACGACGCUAUCGGCUACUACAACCUCCUAAUGAUAAAGAACCCCCACUGGAAACAACUACGUGCCUACCUAACACCCUCGCUCAGUCUGAACAAGAUCAAACGAAUGUACAGCCUCGUUGACCAGAUCGGUAAUAACAUGCUAGCCCAUUUGGAUGGGGUCCAGCAGAACCCGACGAAGCUCCGUGAAACCGAGUUCAAGGAGUUGUGUGCCCGGUUCACCACGGAUGUGAUUGCCAGCACGUUCUUCGGCAUCCAAGCAAACUGUCUGAGCGAUGAGGAGUCCGAGUUUCGUUACUAUGGACGGAAGAUUUUCGAGUAUGGACCCAAACGAGCGUUGAACAUGGCGGCGUUUUUCUUCAUGCCGGAGUUGGUGCCCUAUCUGGGGUUCAAACUGUUUCCCAGAGAUACGGAGCGAUUUUUGAAAACUAUUAUCGAGCAAGAAAUUGCUAGGCGGGAAACGAGCGGUGAAAAUCGAGGAGAUUUCAUUGACUCGAUGAUUGCACUGAAGAACAACGAAGCUACAAUUGGAGUGGAGGAGAAAAUACCACUCAAGGGAGACAUCUUGGUUGCGCAAGCAGUCACCUUCUACAUGGCGAGUUUCGAAACCACAUCUUCAGUAUUAUCCUUUACUUUGUAUGAACUAACAAAAAACCCCGAAAUCCAGCAACGUCUCCGCGAAGAAAUCCACAAUUGUAUCAAAAAGUACGGCCGAGACCUCCCAUACGAAUGCCUGGUCAACGAGAUGCCCUACCUGGGAAUGGUAAUUUCAGAAGCGGCUCGUCUCUACCCCGUGUUGCCUUUCAUCGAGCGACAGUGCUCUCUUCCGGCAGGGGCUACCGGAUACAAGCUGGAUCCAUUCCACAACUUUGUCGUGCCGAAUAAGAUGCCCGUUCUGGUACCCAUAUAUGCCAUACAUCGGGAUCCGAAGUACUUCCCGGACCCGUUACGCUUCGAUCCAGACCGAUUCUCGAAAGACAAUGCCGACAGCAUUGUCCCUUGUAGUUAUAUGCCGUUUGGAGUAGGGCCUCGAACUUGCUUGGGUUCGCACUUUGGAACGCUGCAGGUUAAAGUUGCGAUCACCAGACUACUUUCCAAGUACAGGAUCCUUCGUUCUGAAUCUACACCCGAAACGCUUACGUAUAGGAAAAAUGCAUUUACUUUACACUCGAAUGAAGGAUUGUACGCCGAUUUGGAGCUGGACGAGUUGUGCUGACGGGUUCGGAUCAAUAAUUCUCAGUCUUCUCUCUUCAUAUAUAAAAUUUAUUUGAACGCUAAAAUAGAGUAACAACGCGGUGAUACGACCGGAUCGAAUAACUUCACCAAGAAACUAUUUUCGUAUCCGGAUUCUUUGAGAAAUAGAAGACGAUCCAACAGAAUUACCCCCUCCAGGAUGGGGGCGUAAGUCAUUCGAUAGAGAUAAAAUACUUUCAAUUGCUCAAGCUCUA